AUGGCGACGGAGGAGCGUGAAGUAACCGCUGCGGAAUCUGCAAUAACAGAAAUAGAAAAGAAGAUCACAGAAGCCUUUGAAGUUUUUGACCAUGAGUGUAAUAAAACUGUGGAUGUCAGAGAGAUUGGCACUAUCAUUAGGUCAUUAGGCUGUUGUCCCAAUGAGGCGGAUCUCCAUGAUAUGCUUGCAGAGGUAGAAGAAGAAGAACCAACUGGGUUUAUUCGUUUGGAAAAAUUUCUUCCUAUGAUGACUAGAGUGUUAAUGGAAAGAAGAUACCGACCUAUUCCAGAAGAUGUUCUUUUACGUGCUUUUGAGGUUUUGGAUCAGAAUAAAUCUGGACAUCUUACUAAAGAUGAUUUGGUAAAAUAUAUGACGGAAGAAGGUGAGCCUUUUACACAGGAAGAAAUGGAAGAAAUGCUUUCAGCAGCAGUAGAUCCAGAAACAAAUACUGUUCGCUACAAGGACUAUAUUUCAAUGAUGGUUGUGGACGAAAACUAAGGAUGUUGUUUAAUUUGUGAGUCUGAGCUUUCUGUUUUUACAU